CAUUGGAGUUUGAACAUUGAUUAAUUAACGUCAUGUUGUGAUAAUAAAAUUAUACUAGUGUUAAAUAAAUUAAAUUUUACUAAACAAAAAAGCUUUAAAAUAAGAAGAAAAAAUAAAAUGUUCAUCUAAAUGUACAAAUUCACAGAAUGUUAUUGUUAUUUAUGUAAUUAUUAUUGUAAUGUUAAAUCGAAUUCCAAAACAAAUCGAAACGAAACAAAAUCCACGACAUAAAUAAAUAAAAAUAAAAAACAAAAAACAAAAAAAACCUUCGCUGUUGUGUUUGGUGCAUACCAAUAUGCCUCCAUCAAAGUGUUGCAUGGUCUGCGGUGACAAGGCCCUCGGGUACAAUUUCAAUGCAAUCACCUGUGAAAGUUGCAAGGCGUUCUUCCGACGCAAUGCCCUAGCAAAGAAGUCCUUCUCAUGUCCGUUCAACCAGAAUUGCGAAAUAACCGUGGUCACCCGCAGAUUCUGCCAGAAAUGUCGCCUCAAAAAGUGCUUCGACAUUGGCAUGAAAAGCGAGAACAUAAUGUCCGAAGAGGACAAACUAAUUAAGCGCAAGAAAAUCGAAAACAAUCGUCAAGCGAAACGAAAAACUCCAUCGUCGUCGUCGGGAAGGGUGGAUGAGGAGUCGGUUCUCGAUAAAAUCAAACGUGAGGAACAACCAGAAGGCGGCUUCGGCUCCGACCAAUACACAUCACAUGACUCACAGAGUUGCAAUUCUUUCGAGAGCGAUAAUUUGCCCCAGUCUACAGCCCGAUCGAACAGCUCUGUGAGUCUAGACAUAACCCAUGAAAAUAUGACCAGUGCCCAGAUUGUCGACUUCAUAGUCAACGACCCUGACCAAGCUUCACAGGCGAUCAAUCGCCUUAUGAAGACCCCAAAAGAUGCUAUCGUCACACUAGAAAAAGUCAUUAACUCCCAGAGCGAUGCGCUGCGUCUGAUCAGUCACUUGAUAUCGUUUCCUGGUGACGCCCUAAAGAUCAUAAGUAAACUGAUGAACUCGCCCUUUGAUGCCUUAACAGUAUUCACCAAAUUCAUGAGCUCGCCCACGGAUGCCCUGGAAAUCAUAUCGAAGGUGGUGAGCUCGCCGCAGGACGUUCUGCAGUUUGUGAAGCAGCUCAUGGACAGUCCUGGGGAUGCUCUGGACAUAAUGACAAAAUUCAUGAACACUCCCGUCGAAGCCCUGCGGAUGAUCAACAAAAUGGUAAAAAGCACAAAUAAGGAGGAGGAUUUCGAUGAAGCCGGAACUUCAUUUCGCUCUGAUUGCCAGGAGCCCGAAAUGGGCAUGUCUCCGACGACAACGGCGAUGGUUAGUACGGACGACGCCAUCAUCAAUUCAAUGCUCAGCACAAACAGCUGUGGCAGCAACCACAGCGGGAGCAGUAGCACUGCCAACAUCAGCAACGACGAUUACUUUGUGAUGACAAGUGAUUGUCCGGAUUUGGAUCAACUGGGAGGACCUGACAAAGUCAUUUCAGCAGCGGCCUUAGAUGCAUCGCUGCCAGAUAUCGAUUCAAUUGAGUCACCUUCAAACACAGACGGUGUCAAUGGCAGCGGCGAUCAGGCCAAAGACAACGACAACAAGAACUCAUUGGAGGCAGUAUUGUAUGAGGUCAUUCAGAUCGAAUACGAGAUGGCGAACUCAAUUCCUCAAGCGUGUAAUCCUGUCAGCCGGGAACUGAACGAGGCCGAAUUGCAAAAACUCAAUGAGUUGAAAUUGGCAAAUAAGGCGCUAUACUAUCCCGUCGAUGAGGAUCUCUCUUCGUUGAUUAUGGAUGACAGUCGAAUAAAGCCAGAAGAAGGCCAACAGGAUCCACAACUUCUUAAAGUGAUAAAUUUAACAGCAGUUGCAAUAAAACGUCUCAUAAAAAUGUCAAAGAAAAUUGCUGCAUUCAGAAAUAUGUGUCAGGAGGAUCAAGUUGCCUUGCUCAAAGGUGGUUGUACUGAAAUGAUGAUAAUGCGUUCAGUGUUGUCUUAUGAUGGUGAUGGAGAUACCUGGAAGAUUCCCCAUAGUAGAGGUGAUAUGUCAAGUAUAAAAGCAGAUGUGCUUAAAUUGGCAAAAGGAAAUGUAUAUGAAGAACACGAACGCUUUAUUCGAACCUUCGAUCAUAAAUGGCGAAUGGAUGAAAAUAUUAUUUUAAUAUUGUGUGCCAUAGUUUUAUUCACACCGACACGUGCCCGGGUCAUACAUUGUGAUGUUAUUAAAUUAGAACAGAAUUCCUAUUAUUACCUUCUGCGAAGGUAUUUGGAAAGUGUUUACCCAGGCUGCGAAGCGAAAUCGACAUUUAUCAAACUUAUACAAAAGAUAUCAGACGUUGAGCGUCUGAAUCAAGUUAUAAUCGGAGUCUAUCUGAAUGUUAAUCCAUCGCAAGUAGAACCACUGCUAAGAGAAAUAUUUGAUCUUAAAAAUCAUUAAAAGAGAAUAUAUUAUAUUUUGAACAUAAGAAACCUAAACAAAAACACUAGUUCUCGGAAUUUGAAGACAAAAACAAAAUACAACUUGUCAAGAAUAUCAGAGCUCUUCUGAAUAACGUGCAAUCUUUUCAUAUUUUAAUGAAACUAAAAAAAAUCUAUUUUUGUUGAAAUAAAUGUUACAUUAUUUUGAA